UGGGACGAUCGUGUAACUUGGCUCCUCAAUUGUCUUAUCUCUUAGUGAGCACCUUCACUAGGGGGUAAGGACGCGUCCAUACGCCUCAUGGAAGUGGUUACGACUCUAUCCGAUGUCUCCUCCAUGUUACGAAGAGUAGCGGUUAGUGUCACCUCUCGUAGUGGAGGUGAUGCCGUAUCCGUGAUGUACUUGGACUAGGAUUCUAAGGUAGUUGUCUCAAGGCUUACUUCUAACUGGAGUAGAACUCUAAGUGAUAAGUCUCCGACCCACGGUUGGUCUUAUCCCCAAGAGGCCUAGUCCUGAUCAAACUAGGAGUCUUGGUUCUAUAGAACUACGUACGGCUUGAUCCCCUAUAUAAAGGGGUACGUAGGCACAUCAAGGGGAUAUAUCGAGAGUUGUGAGAACGAGAGCAGAAAUAUAUUCCCUUGAUCUCAGCCACCCUCAAACAAACAACCACCACUCUCCGGCGACCAAAACCACCGUCACGGAUCUUGAUUCCGGCCAUGAACCUCAUCUUUGUUGAUUACCAAAUUCCUCUAUCAACAAAUACUAUCCUCUUUCUGCUAUGUGUCAAUCCUCCACCUGUUUAUUCUUCCAUCGGUGCCACAGGUACUGUAAUAGAUAAUUCAUUCGUGCACACCAAAAUCUUCUUAACAGAAAAUAUUCGCUACAAGUCCUGCAAACCACCAGCUUUUAUCGGUCACUAUAAAUCACCAGCUUGUAGUCUGAAAUCAAAGUUUUCUGGAGCUGCACGCACACAUUUUUUUUUAUUGCGCUUUAUAAUUAUAAAGCAUUUUAUUGUCAGGGUUCCUGUUUUCUGGAGAUGUGGAAGCCAUGGAAAAUAUGGAAAGGAUUUGGCUAUGUCAGUGAUGCGCAGAGCUCAAUCUAUCUGCAGCAAGUUUAACAGCAACAUUAAAGUGGAGACGAAAGCUGGAAGUGGAGAUGCCAAAGAAGUGAUAUGUGCAACCGUCAAAAAACUUGAAGCAGAUAUGUUGGUCAUCGGAAGCCAUAACUAUGGAUUCCUCAAGAGGACUCUUGUUGGAAGUGUGAGUAACUAUUGCUCCAAGCAUGUGAAGUGCCCGACCGUGGUUGUGAAGCAGCCAAAGAAUGAAAAACUAGUAGAAAUUUGAGUUGUAACUUGUUGCUGAAGUUGUUGCUCGGAAAAGACACGAGUGGUAUGACGCUGGUUACAAGUACCAGAAACUUGGUGAAAGAGGAUUAAACAACAGAAGCAUGC